AUGGCGCUGGGCCGGCUGACCGAGGAGGAGUACCGCGCGUUCGGCACUGAGAUCAUACCCGACUUCCUCUUCCUCACCAGCCAGUUCGAGGCCAAAGAUCCGACCUUCCUCAAGGAGCGCGGCAUAACGCACCUCAUCAGCGUUGCAGAGGAAAGUCCGCCUACAGCGCCGCUGCUGGGGAAGUCCCUCCACUUGCCGCUUCGUUCGCUCCCAUUUCGACGAAGUGUUUGCUGUUAUCGAUGCGGCAAAGAAAGCCCGCAAGGGGCGGGCGCUCAUCCAUUGCUAUGA